UUUAGACUUGUUGUUAAGUAAAUAUAUAAAAAGAUCAUUUCAGUCCUUUUUCUCCCAGUGCAAACCACUUACUGUCAAGUACUAAAAUGGAAGACAAUCGCACAACUCAUCGUAACCCUCCAUAACGGUGUCUUUGUAUCCGUAGAUCUCAGCGCUACUUCCUUCCAUUUUGGUACUUGACUAUAACUGAAUGUUUCAUCAACCACACUGCUGUCACUCUCAUCGACACCCGCCAAUCGCUAAUAUCGAUCUCAUCCACACAGAGCACGCUACUCGCAGAUGAACGACGAGGCAAUCAUUGUAAACACGAUAGGUUGCACACUGGUGGCGCUGGCGAUCGUUGUAGGAUACAUCCUGCAAAGGGACGAGUUCCGAGACACGUACACCGAAUGGAAGGACGAAGGGAUUAUAGUGAAUUCAUUGGGCAUGACCUUCGUAGCAUUAGCCAUCUUGAUAAUCUACGCUGUCCGCAGCCCAUCACUAUCCGGAGAUAGCGCCAAGGUACUGGCCAACGAACGUUUGUAGGAGCAGGCGCCCAAUGGCGCCCCAAGAGCCUCGGAAACCCAGCAGGCGCCUCCCAGCAAUGGAGACGCGCCAAAUGUCAAUGAAGUCACGGUGGAAGAAGGACAGGAGCGAUUCUAGAUCGAUCAUGGACGUUGCUCUUUAGGCUAACACGAUCAGGAUAUAGUGGUUGGAUUUUGGAAAAGUCAUGAAAUAUCACCUAUAAUUUGAUUAAGUUGUAUGCUACGAUUUGUAUUUUAGACUUUUACUAGGUGCCAUGUACCAUGUCAUACGCAAAGAAUAACGAAUAAAGAGAUAAAUAACGUCGGCCUACACACAGUGCCAUGAUGUAGCAUGACCGUUCAUAUUUAUGGCGAACUGUUGCCAUCCUUUUGUUCACAUCACAAAGCUAUUGACUAUGCUUCUUUAAACUUUGGGUCUAUACCACACUUUUCGAAAAUCUAUCUCACUACCUUUGUUAUAUGAUCAACAUUCCCAUGAUUUUUGAAAAAUAAUUUAAUUUCAGCAUUGAAAAGUAUGUACAGCUUAUCCGGCCAUAAAUUGCCCACUCCUCGUGCCUUUUUUAAAUGAUAGUUUAGAAAAAAAUUGUACUGAAAAGUAAUGGGAUCUAAUAUAAACCUGUGUGUGUAAUGCUUUUUGACUCUGAAAAAUGCUAUCAAAUAAGAUUGUGUUUUUUAAAUGUGACACCAUGUAUAUUUUUAGUGAAAAUUAUGGUCGCUUUCUUUCCGAUUCCAAAUAUGUAUGGUUUCUUAUACUGCGUAGACGGCUAAAUCUGUACCUAGCUGGUUUGAGCUCGGUUACACAUGAAUAAAUAGCACACACAAUUUUAGUUUUUGUUAAAACUAGUGAGAAUAAGAAGGAUGAAUAUAUAUUUGUAAUCAGUAAAUAAGGUGUCUAUUUUGCAAAAAUACAACUUUACUAGGUGGCACCUUUCUUAGACAAAAACAAGAUGUGUGAAAGACUUCAUCUCAGAAUAGAACUAUUUUUUCUUAACGAUCAUAGAAAAAAGUUAGAUCUGGACAAUUCAUAGCGAGACACCCUGUACAUCUCACCUGAGCUAUGUCGAUAAUGUCCAUGUACCUUACUCCUAACUAUCCAGGAGUUUCAAAGAAGUGCACAAAUUUUGUUGAAAUUAAUCCAGGCAUGUGUGUCAAUUUCUGCUACGUAGAAGGCGGUAAAAAAAUUGCAAUAAUAAAACAAUAUAUAGGUAUUGACUCUUAACAGCCUUCUUAAUUAUCUGAAAUCCACCAGCCGUAUCAGUUUUAAUUGUUCUCAAAAAUGACACUCACAAAUUCCGCAGAAGGGCUAGAAACAUUUCUAAAUCGAAAGUGAUUUUGUGAAACAUCGAAUUUAAGGCAAAAUGCAUCUUACAUUACAUCCGCAUUCUAAAAACAUGGUGUACAAUAUUGCAAGUAUCAAAUGUAUACAUCAAAGGCCUAAAGAAAAAGCUAAUAAUCAAAGUAGCAUAUUUAUGCAGCGAGUAGAAUCGAACAUAAAGCAUUAUAUCUCAUAACCCAUAACAAUGACCAAUGUGAUAAAUGCAUGGAUAAACGCAAACGAAACACAAUUCGAUUCUACAACGAAAACCUAUGGUGACUUGAUCGCUAUGCCAAACUAAUUGUAGUUGUAUUUUAUAAUAGGAAAUGUAAUCACUAAAUGUCACUACUUCUUCAUUAUUCACUAUCAUAAGGUUAUGUUUUUGUAGGUAUAUAUCUAGCUAGGUGUCAUGAGUAGAAACAUAUAGGCCAAUAAUUGUAUCCACAUCUGUUAUCUACAGAUCCUUCGUGUUUAUGAAACUAGUUUUACUUUCGCCCUGGUCCACAAACAACCGUGCUAGAUGGAAGAAGACAAACAAAGCAAUAGAGGAUUACAAAAGUAAUUUGACUUUCUUAGAAAAUUCCCUUCGAUUGUGAAAGUUUGUUUUAUUGUAUUUGUAAUGGAUGGAAAUAAAAAUUGUGUGAGAUCCAGGAAUGGUAUGAUAAUUUCUAUCUAGUCAAAUAUGACCACAAAUCAAAACAUUUAUGGUGUAUGUAAGUUCAACAAAUACCAUAAGAAAAAUAAAAAACCGGACAGUCCUUUUCACGUAAUUCAAGAAGUUAAUCUCUAACUGUUUUUUUUUUGAGAGGCCAUUUUAGAAGAAAUUGGUGAACUACUUUCAUAAAAGUGAAGGCCUAUGUAUUCACCAAGAACCCAACAUUGUUGUUUUCUAAAAAGGCUGAUUUCACCGCUAGGUCAACUUUUUAGACUUUUAUACGACGUUCACAUCAGUUGUUCCAAAUAAUUGUUCAAGAUGGAAUGAUUUUUAUUACAUUUUUUAUCAUUUCAUCUGAAUCACUUGGACAACUACGAUGAAUAAUAUUCAUAGAUAUGUUCUGAUCCGCUCGGAAUUCCAAAACAAGGUGUAUGAUACUCAUGAAUAAUUAUGAGCUAUCAAAACGUUUUCGAAUACUGCUCCGCCAAAUUAACCAGUGGAUCAAUAUGUAAAUAAACUUUAGGCAAGAUUACCUUGAUAAUCAAAUACUCUGUGUGCGUGCUAUGUAAUGAAGUUUGAGAUUUUUUUAAUAUCAGUUUUCAGUAUAUUUGGAUUGAUAGUGGAUGAAUUCUAACACCAACCGUUGAAGAUCAUAAUGGUGACAAAAAACUUAUUUAUUAUAUCGUUUGACCCACUCUCGACCAUUCACUAUAAGUCCUUUUGUAAAGGAAAACAAAUUAAUUCGAUAUUGAAUUUCGUUAGCUUUAAUUGUUUGAAGCAUUGUAUGUUCAAAACUAUAAUCCAUGUUAUGUAGAGACAGAAUAUAUUAGGUGAAUUACUGAUUAUCAAUAUAAGUAUUAAAGUACAAUGUUUAUUUAAAGGACCAAAAUAAAUAACUAUUUGCUAUAUUAUAUGUUAUGUUAAGCAUGUUACAUUUGUUAGUUAUAUGCUCCAUAUUACUUUAUUUAUACCUACUUGAAAUAUUUUUAAAAUAGUCGCAUAAUCUAUAAGUGAAUAUAUGUGUAAAAUUAUUUAAAUAGAUUUUAACCAAUGUAUUCCAGUUAUUUUUACUUUUACCAAAAAAAACGGAAGGAAAUACGCCCCACCACUGUACAUUGUACGAUUUAUGAGUUUAAAUAAAUGUAUUCCAGUUGU